AAGGACACGGAGAAAAGGUUCUGUGAUGCCCACAAGGCGAAGAAAGUAAAAUAAUAAUAAUAACAAAAGCAAGAAGGAUUGUUCUAGUCAAAUGUUUAUGGAAAAUGUAUUUAAAAUGGUAGACACAUCUGGCACAUGAUGACGACACGUGAUUCUUUUUAGAAUGUCAACACCCGAGUUUAUUUUCAGAAAAGCUUUGCGUUAAUUUAUACAUGCAGGAAAUUCGAGGAUGGAAGAUGAUCGAGAUCAGUUUGAGUUGUUUAAUUAUCGAAAUAUACCACAAUCGAAUCACUUACUUUAUAAGGAAUUAGAGAAAAAUAUAUAUUUAGGACGAUGGGAAUUAGCUAAAGGAUACAUUUCUACUGCCUUAUUGGAAGGAUCGACUGAUACAGAAAACUUAAGUGAAAUCUUGAAGAAAGUCAUUCGAAAUCCUCAUUUAGUGAGGUCUCAUCCUCCAGUUAAAUCGAUAUAUCAUUUUAAUUGGCUCAUUUGCCAGUUUUUAGAAUCACUUUCAAAACAGAUUAAAGUCGACGUUUUGAAAAGAAAUGCCGAAUUCCAAAUUUUAAUAUACGAUGUUUUAUCGGAUAAAUAUCAAGAAAUAAUAAAGGAGUUGUGUGAAUGGUAUACAGAAAACAUCAAUAAAUCCGAAGUAGUAGAAGUUAAUGCUUUUUCUAACAAUUGUCUUACCAUUCUCAGAACGUUAUUUCUAGAAGAUCCGCAUAAAAUUGAUUCUUUGUUCCAAAAAUUAAUUAUUUCCGAUGAAUUACAUAAAGUUUCAAAUGUACAGAUUUAUAGCAUAUAUAUUCAGUCUUUAUUAUAUUGUAUCAAACAGUUACAGUAUUUUACAAGAUUACCUUCGUCAGAAGGAGAAGAUAAGAAGAGGAAAUUUGUGAAGAAGACAUUAUGCAUUCUCCAUUUACUUCCCGAAAUUCAAGAUGAAACAGAGAGAGAAAAAUUAAGACAAUUAUUAUAUGAUUUAGCUGAAAUUUGCAUGGCUAAUAUUAUAAAUAUGACUGAUGUAUAUAGUGCAUUAUUAUGUAAAACAUCUCCUUUUUUGUUACAAAUAUUCUGCGAAGAAGAUGACAAACUGCAUAACAGAAGCAAUUUUAAUUGCAUGUUAAGUGAUAACAAUUCUAUUAAUGCUUCGGGUAGUACUUUUUUCCGUGAAAUGUUUUUAUAUUGCAUCAAACAAAAAGUUCAUUUUUUGGAUUCAUUAAUGAAAACUACUUCAAAUAUCAUACUUGAUGGAGAUAACAAUAAAGCAUGGGGUAUUUUGGGAAAUACAUUGCUGAAAAGAUUACAGCCAUUAAUUUUAAUACUUACUUGGCAGAAUUGUACAUCUGAUAUUACGGCAGAUCAUAUUCUUGAUACAAUAAAACUAUGGAAACCGUUUUUUACAGACGAUAAGCCUAAUAAAGAUUAUGCCGAUAAUUUAAUGCUUUUAAGUAACAGCAUGGUGUUUCACGGCUACCUGGUAAUAAUGCAUGUUAUGGAUGCUAUUGUUUCCUGCUGUGAACUUGAACAACUAUGUUCCAGAUCAUCAGAUAAAAGGCUUAAUAGUCCUCAAAUUCUUAAUUCUUUUGAAGAAGAGAAACCAAAAUUAAAUGAGACUUCUUUUCAAGAAACUGGUGAUAACGAAUUAUCUAUUAAAGAAUUUUUCUAUAAAUACGGAAUUCAAGCUACUUACUCCCAUUUUGUGAUGGAAAGAUUACAAAAGACGAAAGUUGAAUUAGAUCAAAUAUUUCCAGUUUCUUUCAGAGUCGAGAUCUUAGAAAAUAUCUUUUCUCUGUUAUUUGUGACAUCUAAUGAUUUUCAAGAAAGUACAAACUCUGACUCGUACGACGACGUAGCUGAUGAUAAACAAACGGAGGAUCAGUACGAAUCUAAGCACUAUGAUGAGCUACUGGGAUUAAAUAAGAUGAGUUCUUGUGCUACUUAUAAACAAUUAAAAAAUAAUAUUCAGUCUACAAAACGCAAAAUGUCGAAUAGUCAGAAAUCUAAUUUCCUGCUUAAAAAUAAAAAAUUUUAUCAUGGAAUCUCUAAAAGUGGUUUCCUGUGUAAUGAACUUAUUGUUAGAGAUAUAUUAGCUAUGCUUAAGGAAGCUUAUCUUAGUGCCAAUUCAGCAAUUUAUAGGAGUAUGGCUGAGAAACAGACUGGUGUUAAUGAUAAAGUGGAAAAUAUUGAUGAAAGUACAACCGAAAAUUUCUCCAAUUUAUCAUUAUUUAUCAAAACAUCGGUAUUAGAGUCAUCAGUAAAACAGCGAUUAUUGGAGCUUUUGAAGUAUAUAAAUGAAGCACAGUGGCGAUUUGAAUUGGUUGCUUCAGAUAUUGUACCACGUGAAGUGGGUAUUUGUGGAGAUACUCUCAACAGGAAUGUGAGAAUAGCAAUAUUUCAGAAACAAGACUCGUUCAGAUCAAGUGAUACAGAACACUUAUCGAGCAGUAGUGGGAGAGAUGAAAUUAAAGUGAAAAGAAAGAUGCAUAGGAGCACUUUCCAGAAAGAGAAAUCAUUAUUUUCGGAAUCUGGAUUUAUUCAUUAUAUGCUUGCAUCUCCUACUGAUUUACUUUGUCAUUCUUUAUGGAAACAGAAUUACACUCAAGCAAAACAAGUUAUACAGAUUUUUAAUCUAGAAGGCACUAACGAAGCUUCAGAAGUACACUUUGCUGAAAAUUACGUUUCGAGUAUUAAAAAAAUUGAAUCUUUAAGCAAAGAAAAAAAAAGUAUGGUCAUUAAAGAAAGUAAUAUGUUUACAGUGAAAGGAGUUGUUACAGAUUCUAAUAAAUCUUCUAUGGUAGAAGUUAAAAAUUUAAUCGGAUUGGCAAAUGCAGCUGAUGCAGGCUUACAAUCCACUAUGAUGACUUCGAUUAUUGACGAAAUGUUAAGUUCUACUUCGCUUCCUAAUAUUCCAGAUUUUGUUAAUAUUAAAGAAAGUCAAAAUAUUCACAAUAUCUUAGACGAAUGUAAAGAGAUGCAUGCAAUUGUUUUCGCAGAUUUUGCAUAUACCAGUAAUACUAAUUUAGAUAUAAGAAGAAUGUUGCUUCAGACCUCGAGAAAGAAAUUACGGACUUCCAUUUUGUUUCCUGAUAAAAAUUUGGUAGAACACAAGAAAAAACAUUUUCUUCCUUCGGUUAAAGGUAUUAAUAAAACUGCUGAAAAGAUAGAAUUGCUUUUACAAGAAAUGGAGAACUUUCAGAAAACAGAAUUUCUAGAAUUUCCUUCUUUUCUUGUUCCGAAAAUCAAUUUGUCGUGCAGUUUUUUUAUCAUGUUAGGAUCGUUCAAUCAUAAACUGUACAGAGAUCAGAUAUCAAAUUGGCAAAGUUUUUCCUAUAUUCUUAAAGAAGUAGAAGAGUUAUUGGAACAAGAUAAUGCAGAAGAAAUGCAAAACAAAGAAUUUGUGGAAACAAAUCAAGUUCACACAUCAUUUAAAAAAUUAUUAAAACUUUGUUCUUCUCAGUUAAAGUUUCUGCGGAUAAAUAACUCUUUAGCGCAAAAGCAGAGAUACUUCAAUUUUUUGAAGAUAAUGUAUGAUCACGUGCAACACGUGACGAAUGCUUUAAUAAACUGUAGGAACUAUGACCAAAAUAUAGCAUGUUAUACAAAUAGAAGUUACUUUUCCGUUCUCAAAGAAAGUCCGAGAGACAUAUUGUCAAAAAUGGUGUUGCAGAACGGUAUUCCUCCGACAAAAUUAGAGAGCUUUGCUACUGAAAUGAAGAUUAAUUUAGUCCAUCUUCUUACACAGAAUUGCUUUCCUCAUAUAUUAGCCACUUCGAAGAAAAAUCUAUUAAAAUAUAAAAGCAAUGUAGACUCUUCUUACAUUAUACUGAAUGCUUUGGAAAAUGUGCCAAGUUCUGUGAGACAUCCUGACGUUGCGGCUCGAGAAAUACUUUCCGACAUUUUGAAUAUAUUUCAAGAUACCUGUGCUAGAGCCAAUUGUCAAGGAGUCAUAACGAUGUCUCACAUUAUUUCAUUAGUAAAAGAACAAGAGAUAAAAGACUGGAUGGCAAGUACAAGUGAAAUAGCCCAUGUAAAUCUUAAUUUACUAAGUACUAAAGAAGACAAAUUAGCAUUUUUUGGAAAUUUGUGCAAUAUCAUGUGGCUUCAUGCGAUAUUUUCGGAAGUCGACACCAUACAAUCCAAAAAUGAUAUUGAUAUAUUGAGAAAUAAUCAUAUUAUUAACGUACAGCCGGAAAAACAGCCACCUCAUAUUCAAAUAUUAUCAUCAAAUAUUACAGAACGACUCAUCUGUCAAAAAAUAUAUGCAUAUAAAGUUGGAGAAUUAGAUGCAGUCAGUCUAUUUGAUCUUCGAUAUAAUAUCCUUCAUGCAGGGCUUUCCAUUCCAUCACACAUUUUGUCAGCUCUGUCGUUAAGUCAUUUAUUUGGUAAAUAUUGUUUUGAACAACCAGACAUUGUCGAUUUUGGAAUUGAACCACGUUUGUUGUUUGUUAUUUGUGAAGGAUUCAUGACAUCGCCAAAAUUGCAGAUUCUUUAUUCUGAAACUAUUAAAGACCAAUUAGAUAAUGCAAUGCGAGAUUAUCUCAAUUUUCAUGUUGAAACAAGUAUUGAAAAUGAAAAGGUUAUAUUGCCACAAUUACUUAAUUGGUAUUCACAAGAUUUUGUUAAUUACGAUAAUGAGGAUUUAAGUCAAGCGAGUAAUGAAGGAUUGUUGACAUUGGUGUCAUCUUACAUGACAGGAGAUACAGAAAACCAUUUAGAUUCAUUAUUAAAGUUGGAUUCGUUAUACGGAUACAGUGAAUAUAUAGUAUGUAAGAUGUAUUCAGUGUCUUUAUAUUCUGUGGCCAAAAAGUUUUAUGUUAAGAAAUAUUUUAUUCUUUAUUCUGAAACUAUUAAAGACCAAUUAGAUAAUGCAAUGCGAGAUUAUCUCAAUUUUCAUGUUGAAACAAGUAUUGAAAAUGAAAAGGUUAUAUUGCCACAAUUACUUAAUUGGUAUUCACAAGAUUUUGUUAAUUACGAUAAUGAGGAUUUAAGUCAAGCGAGUAAUGAAGGAUUGUUGACAUUGGUGUCAUCUUACAUGACAGGAGAUACAGAAAACCAUUUAGAUUCAUUAUUAAAGUUGGAUUCGUUAUACGGAUACAGUGAAUAUAUAGAUUCUUCAGGAAAGAAGAUUCUUUCAUUUUCUGUUGAGUUUCAACCUUUUUCCUAUGAUUUUGGAAUAAUUUUGGAGUAUGAAUCUAUUACGAAAAGUUCUUUAAUAAGAAACGAUGUAAAAAAUUGUGAAAAAAUUGAUUAUUACAAGAUAAGUCAACAAACGCAUAUUAUUGAUUAUUUGAAAUCAAAAUGCUGGAUGCUUUCUGAUAUCUUAGCAGUUAUGAAUCACAAAAAUAGUCCUUUAAUAAGUGAAGAUUCUGAGUGUAAAAAAUUACAAGCAGUAAAUUUAAUGCACAACACUCCACUAAAAAGACUGCUGUUCUAUUCUCUAGAAUUAUGGAAAAAGUCUUUUGACAAAGAUGACUUUAAUAAUAAUAUUCGCUGGUUUAUAUCAGCUCUCAGUCCACACUUUGAUAAAGAAAUUGUCUGGAGUUUACUUAGUUCGUCUUUAGAAAAAGAGAAUUUUCAAACAUUAUUAGAAUAUUUAACCAUCAUAGAAACGACAAAUUGGUGCAAUGAUUACAGUCUCCUUAAAGACAUAAUAUUGUGUCAUCUUUCAUCACUUAAACUAGAAUCCAGUGCUUAUGCAGAACCGUGGAGUUAUGCACUGCAGAUAAGAAAUGUAAAGAGAAGAGUAAAUUGUAUUUUGCCUUCUUUGUAUUGUUGGCCGGGUGAAAUCUGUCUUAAGAUACUGAAGGCGUGUCUCGCUGAUGCAAGAAUAAAAAUGGAAACCGAAUUAUACAAAAAAGUAUACGCAAAAUAUGAAGAAAUAUUAUUCUGUCAAAAGGUCAUUCAAGCCGCCUCUCGAGUUAUGAAAACCAAGUCUAUGAUGCCGUUCGACAAUUGGCAAGACGUAGCUAUAUUAGUAAACGAGAAUCCCAAGUUGAUAUUAGAAAGCAUUAGGAUGUCAAGUCAGUAUCAGUUAGCCAAAGAAUGGGAAAAGAUUUUUCCAGUAACAAAAGAAGUGCAAGAGGAAUUAGUAGAAAUGCAUAUUUCUUGGCUAUUGGAACAGAAUCCACCAAGAAUGCUGGAAGCAGAACAGAUUUUGCAUUCCAUGGAAACACCAGAAAUUGGAUUAUCGUUAUGUCAUGUAUUGCUGAAACGUUCAAAUCUGUGUGAGAAUAGACUUUUUUUCGUUCAUUAUAUAUUAGAAAAUUCAAAAUAUUCAACAAAUGAAAGUAAUAUGGAAUCAAUUGAAAAACUAUCAAUUGGACUAAAGAUUAUAAAGUUAAUUAAAGAGAGAGAGAGACAACAGUAUGAACAUCUUGCAUAUUAUCCACAUCUUCUUUUGGAACAGUUAUUAAUGAAUAUGGAAAUUGAAUAUGCUGAAAAAGCUAUGAAGUUAAUCCAUGAACAUCAUCACACUUCCAAAACUGCAAAUGAUCCUCUAUCACACGAUAAUAUUAAUAUUUUACUUGAAACUUAUGCAGCUAAAGCUUUGGAAAUAUUUAUUGUAGAAGAUCUUGUAGAAAUACCGUCUGGAAGUGAGACUUCGUCAGUAUCAAAUGUGCCUAUACAAAUGGAAAAAUUUUCUAUUCCAUUAAGUGUACCUAAGAAAGAAGAUUGGGUUCCAGAUGAACAAGUUAGAAAGUGUAUGAUCUGUCAAAAUGAGCAAUUUAGCAUGUUUAACAGGAGACAUCAUUGUCGACGUUGCGGUCGUGUUGUAUGUAAAACAUGUUCACAGCACAGAUUUCCAGUAGAAGGUUAUGAUUCAUCUACUAGAGUGUGCGAUGAAUGUUUUGAACAAGUAUAUUCUGGAAAUUUUGGAAGUCUGUCAUCAAGUUCUUCACUAGAACAAAGGCUAAAAUUUCACUUGUCAGGGCAUUCUUCUAGUCCAAAACAAUUUUACAUCCAGAAAGAAGGUUCGGCAAAACGAAAGACAAGUCUCACCUCGCCACCAGAAAUCGAAAAAUUGACGGUUAACGAAAUUCAUAAUAAUAUUGUCCGAGAAGAAUUUUAUUAUGAACAAGCACCAAGUGUUUCGUUAUGCUUAUCCAUAUUAUCACUCCAGUCAGAUGUAAAAAAAUGCUCUUUUUAUAUUCUUGGCUUGUGUAACAAACUUUUCAACAUGUUAAUACCAAAAAGAGCAGGUUACCCAAAUCCCGAAAUUGAUUAUGGAUUAGUUAUCAGUAUGAUUCAUUCUCUGUUACUCAACACUAAAGUCAAAUUUUCUGAAACCAGUAUUGCCGGAGGUGUCGAAUACGUUGAUACAUAUUUAAGUUUCCUAGAUCUAAUCAAACAAUUAGUUAAUGAAAAUUGUGUCCAUCUCUUACCUAAAGAUAGUAUAACAAGUUGUGAUGCCAUAAGAAAAUUAUGUGAUACUCUAAGAACAAAUGAAAAAAUGAAAUUAGCAUUAGAAAUAUCAACAAAAUAUUCCAUUGAUACUUUUGCAAUAUGGGCAACAUGGGGUAAAAUUUAUUUACAAGUAGGAGAUUGGACUGCUGCUAGAGAAAAAUUCUCUCACUGUCUUAAAAGACCAAAUGAACGAGAAUGACUAUUGAAAGAAAUAAUAAGUAUUUUGGAAAAUUCAAAAAGUCCUCCUAUGGAAAAGAAUUCAGCUAUUUUAAAAUCAAUAAAUUCAUUGAAGAGUAUUCAAAAUGGAGAAAUAAAUCAAGUAGUGUUGAAGAAGGAUAAAUUGAACAAUGAAAUUUUAAAAGAAUGUCUGUAUUAUUUAACACACUAUGGUAAUCAUCAAUCUUUUGUUAAUUUUUAUCAAAGACAUCAUAUGCUGAAAGAGGCCAUCAAUUACAUUUGUAAAGAAAAAUGUGAUCCUGAAAUCUUUAUAGAAAAUUUAUUUUUGCCCUGUGCUAAAUUAGGGUUACUUUCAAAAUUAAAAAACAUCAUCUCUAAUUCAGACUUAAAACUAUUUCCUAAGUAUCUUUUGAAUACUUGCCAUUACUUGGAGAAAAACGAAUUAUAUUACCUUCUUUACGAUCUACAAUUAUUUAUGCAGGAUUAUAUUCGAGCUGCCAUGACCAGUAUUAAAUUCUAUCAAGAACCAGAAAUGGACUAUAAGAGUGCUAAACCACAGUUACUAUAUUUAGAAAAUGCUAAAAAACAUCUGGAAACAUAUUUGAAGAUACACAGUGAUGUUAAAGAUACACAAAUUCAAGUUUUGCAAUCACAUCUGUUAUCAUUUCCUAAGGAUAAGGUUAAAAAAUAUAUCAGAACAAUUCAACUACAGAUUGACUUAACAAAAUAUUUCAAGGAAUGGGAAUCUCAAAAUGAAUUGUUUCUGCCAUCAAGAGUUUCUACUGAUGAUAAAUUAUCUAGUUCUGUUCCAAGUGUAUUAGGUGACAUUAAUGAAAAAAUUAAAGUUGCAGCAAUGCUGAUCAUUAACAAUAUGGAUAUAAGAGUUGGAGUUGAUAAGUCUUUAAUAAUUGUCCAGGAAUUCAAUUUAAAUUUGGUAAAAGUUUUAAUCCUGGCUGCAAUUACUUUAAUAAAUCUAAAGAAUUUGACAAAAAUUUUGCAACUAAUAGAAUAUGUUAAUAAAAGUGGUAUUAUAAACAUAGCUGAAAGUGAUGAUUUCAUAUCUACCUGUGUCGAAACUUUAACGGAUUUAUCAAUUGAGAAUGAUGCAAUAUCUAUUGAUACAUUAAUAAAAUUAAUUUCCAGUGAUAUCAAAAAGAUUAAUGCAUAUAUUAAUUGUGGAAAAUUAAAAUCAGCAUAUUUAUUGGCAGUGAAACAUAGCAGGGCAACUGACAUACACAGGAUAAUGACAAUUGCCGAACAAACCAACCAACAAUAUAUUUUUAAUAUAUGUAAAUAUUGGAUUAAUUCAAAAAAAGAGAAAGCUAGACAAUCAUGAUAUACUUUGUUAGUGAGGAUUAAUAAAUAUAAAAUUUAUAAAACUUUUUAUUGUACAGUUUAUAUUAUGAUAUAUAUUUUUAUGUUAUUUAAAAUGAUAAAUAACAAAUUUUAAUUUGUACCUGAAAGUAAUAUA